AAUGAGGUCUCUAUUCGAAAACUUUCUUUUGUAAAAUUCAAAAUAGUGCGAUUUCGGUUUCGCCUGGGUGCGUUCGUAUGGGCAUAAAACAAAACAGAGGGAUCAUUACCUUACCCGAACUUCAUUAUGCUUCGACUUUCACACUGACAAGGAUUGUGUUGAUACCGUCUCGACUUUUACAGAGCUUGUGAUAUUGUGAAACAUCAGGCUUUUUUUUGUGGAGCUCUAAUAGAGAGGACGACGGGAAAACGUUAUACAACUGUACACACGUGGAUUGUUAGCUUGUUUUACCGGCUACGUGGCAAGGUUUACAUAGCUUCGAGAGUUUAUUGGGAUAUACUAUUACGUUGUAUACUACUCAUUACUUACAUGUCAUCAUCGGUUUGUGUGACGUCAUACCGAACAGUAAUAUUGUGUCGUCAGUAAACAACCUUAAUUACUUAUUAACAAAAAAUGUGUAUGUUUUGGAGAUUUCUUUGUGAUAGAUUAAAUAUGGAUUUUAUUCUACAUACAAAAUGAAGGAGAAGGCGAUUGUUCAUACUUUUGGAUUGAUAUUGUGUUAAUUUUCUCGUGAACGAUACAAUAACGUCAGCUCAACUGUGACGUCAUCAUGCAACAAGGUGCUCGCGGUGUGUUUCUUGCAACAACUGCAAAUAUACGUCAACGUCGUGAGAAUGACAGGAGGACGUUACGAAGGCCGACGACGGAGAGAUCCGAUACUCCGUCGGGUAACGAUACUGACCGGAAUCGACGUGCCCUUCGGACAGAUCCAAAUCUGGCCAAAAUACUGGACAGGAAAAAUAGGGCAAGGGCACAAGCAGCUAGAAAUGCAACUUGGACAGAUAUCUUUAAACGUGUGACUGCCAGGAAGGUAGGGCAUCGCCUUAAGAAGGUCCUAGACGACAGUGUCGAGUCGUCAUUUAGUCGUCCCAAACUAGAUCAUCACGAGCUUGCGAAGGAACAAGAAAAACAGAAAAAGCCUCGAAAACUUAAAAACAUGGCGAAGGAUGAUCGCCUGUCCCACUUCAAAUUCUACGCUAACUCCCGGCUACGAUACAAAUCCCGCACCAUGAUUGGGGCUACCGGAAGUCGACACAUGUCACAGCGCCGCCGUGCGUCACUCGCCGCCUCAACUACCUCGCCGUCCAUGUUUUCUCCUUUAGAACAACUGUCAGAAAGGGAUGAGCAUUCACCAAUUCGUCCGCCGAUGCGGCGCCGGGCCGUUGACACAUCCGAUUACCGGACAUGCGCAAUACUACAGACACGACUAAAGGAAGUGAAACACUACCCAGAAAUGGCGAACUUCCAGGUGAGCGGGAACCAGGACGACGAUUACAAUGGGCCUUAUGACGGUUCGUUACGUCAUUGUGCCAAAAAGGCAGCGAAUCUUAGUCUUCCGGGAGCAAGUGGCGCCACCACGCGGUCACUUUUCAUCUUCAGUGAGGAAAAUUUCAUCCGCAAGUAUGCAAAGAUUAUCAUCGAAUGGGGGCCUUUUGAGUACAUGGUUCUCCUGACAAUCAUCGCCAAUUGCAUCGUACUCGCCCUGGAAGAACAUCUCCCAGAUGAUGACAGGACGCCUCUAGCCCUACAGCUGGAAGCGACCGAGAUGUACUUCCUAGGGAUAUUUUGUGUAGAAGCGCUGUUGAAAAUAGUUGCUUUGGGAUUUUGUUUACAUCGUGGAUCGUAUCUACGUAACGUCUGGAACAUCAUGGAUUUCGUAGUCGUAGUUACAGGGUUUAUCACAAUUUAUGCCUCAAAUUCUCAGUUUGACUUGAGAACUUUGAGAGCAGUAAGGGUUUUACGACCUCUCAAGUUAGUUUCCGGAAUACCAAGUCUUCAGGUAGUUUUAAAGUCCAUCAUCCGGGCAAUGGCACCCCUCCUCCAGGUGUGUCUGCUGGUGCUGUUUGCGAUCACCAUCUUUGCCAUUGUAGGGUUAGAGUUUUACGUUGGUAUUUUCCAUCGUGCCUGCUUCCGUGUCAAUUCUUCCGCCAGUAAUAGUGAAGACGACAUUGUGAUAGGAGACGAAGCAAACAUUCGACCCGUGUUACGACAAAACAGGAGCAGCCAUGACAUUGGGGGAUUUAGGUGUCAAGAACAUGUGUCUGUGUGUAGAAGUUUCUGGAAAGGACCAAACUAUGGAAUAACUAGUUUUGACAACAUUGGCUACGCCAUGUUAACAGUUUUUCAGUGUGUUACCAUGGAAGGCUGGUCCACAGUGUUAUAUUAUACAAAUGAUGCCUUUGGGCCUUUUUUCAAUUGGAUCUAUUUCUAUCCCCUCAUCAUCCUAGGAUCAUUUUUCAUGCUCAAUUUAGUUUUAGGAGUACUCAGUGGUGAAUUUGCCAAAGAAAGAGAGAGAGUUGAAAACCGCCGUGCUUUCUUCAAAUUACGCAGACAUCAACAAAUACAAAGGGAGCUAGAGGGUUAUUUAAAUUGGAUAUUGAAAGCAGAAGAAGUUAUACUUAAUGAAGAAAGAACAACAGAUGAAGAUAAACUUAGAAUUAUAGAAGCCAGAAGACAGGCAGCAGUGAGGAAAGUAAAGCAGAUCAAAGAAGGACGAGACACUAGUGAUGAAAAUAACGAAGACAAUGACGAUGAUUUAUUGUCAGAAAUAAAUAUACAUUCAAACUCUUUAGGAGGAAGAACUUUAGCCAGUAGAAGAGCUUCUGGGGGUCGCUUUUCAUCAUUUUGGCGUGCAGAAAAAAGAUUCAGAAUUUCAACGCGUCACCUAGUAAAAAGCCAGCCUUUCUACUGGUCCGUGAUUGUACUAGUUUUCCUCAACACAGUCUGUACAGCAUCAGAGCAUUAUGGCCAGGCUGAGUGGCACACCCUAUUUUUAUAUGUUACAGAAUUUGUAUUCCUAGCUUUCUUCUUGAUGGAGAUGAUACUGAAAAUGUACGGUCUCGGAAUCAGGAUAUAUCUCCAGUCCUCAUUCAAUAUAUUUGACUGUGUUGUCAUCGUAGGAAGUAUUUUUGAAGUGAUAUGGUCCGAGUACAAAGAUGGUGCCUCCUUCGGUAUAAGUACACUCAGAGCUUUGAGACUUCUUAGGAUAUUCAAAGUUACCAGGUACUGGGCCUCCCUGCGGAACCUGGUGGUGUCCCUGUUAAGCAGUAUGCGUUCCAUCGUCAGUCUCUUGUUCCUCCUUUUCCUCUUUAUCCUCAUCUUUGCCCUCCUUGGGAUGCAGCUGUUUGGAGGAGAAAUGAACUUUGAAGAUGGUCGACCAGCUAGCCAUUUUGAUACCUUCCCUAGAGCUUUACUCACAGUAUUCCAGAUCCUGACUGGUGAGGAUUGGAAUGAGGUUAUGUACAGUGGUAUUCGAGCGGGCGGUGGAAUUGAGGGCCACGGAAUGAUCUACUCUCUGUACUUCAUCAUCCUGGUCGUGUUUGGUAACUACACACUGCUAAAUGUGUUCUUGGCUAUCGCUGUCGAUAACUUGGCCAACGCACAGGAAUUAACUGCUGCAGAGGAGGAAGAAGAUGGACAGAAAAUUGCGCGGCAAAAUGAUCUGAAAAAGGAAUUGGAAGAAAAGUUCACUGAUCAGAGGAUGUUGGAGGAACAGAAUCGUGAAGCUUUGGCAUUGACUGACUCCGGACUUCCACCACAGGUUAACAUAUGUCCCCCAUCUCCAGCCAACAAUGAAGAUCCGAAGACCGGAAACUUUCCGUAUAUAUGUUUCAGUAACUCGGGCAGUCAGAUGGACCGAAACCUAAGCCAAAAUAAUCUCAAGAACAACCGUGACAAAAAUUUAGCUCUGGAAAUGGACAACAAAGCUAACAUCCAUACUGAUCUGGACAACAUUACAUUGUCUGAUUCAGCUCGGAAAAAGAAAGAAAUGGACAUGAAAAAAGGAGGGAGUAAUGACAGUAGUGUGGAUGUUCCGGAGCCUGCCACGGGGACAAGCAGGAAGAGAAUUCAUUCAGCGGACAAACCAAUGUUACCUUACAGUUCUAUGUUCAUCUUUGGUCCUACAAACCCAAUUCGUCGAUUCUGUCAUUUUGUUGUGAACCUCCGUUACUUUGAUCUGUUCAUCAUGAUUGUUAUAAGUGCCAGUAGCAUCGCCUUGGCGACAGAGGAUCCUGUGAGAGAAAAGUCAACACAUAACAGCAUCCUCGAAUACUUUGAUUAUGUGUUUACUGCCGUAUUCACUAUCGAGAUGAUAUUGAAGGUGAUAGAUCUGGGAGUUAUUCUACAUCCGGGGUCCUACUGCAGAGAUUUAUGGAACAUUCUCGACGCCGCUGUGGUGAUAUGCGCCCUCGUUGCCUUCAAAUUCUCUAACGCCAGUAGUGAUGGUGCGAGUAAAAACCUAAAUACCAUUAAAUCUCUGAGGGUACUCCGUGUGCUUCGUCCUCUCAAAACCAUCAACAGGGUGCCGAAGUUAAAGGCGGUGUUUGACUGUGUGGUGAAUUCCCUGAAGAACGUUUCAAACAUUCUCAUUGUGUAUAUGUUGUUCCAAUUUAUCUUCGCUGUCAUAGCAGUCCAGUUGUUCAAGGGAAAAUUCUUUUUCUGUACUGAUGAGUCCAAGGAGACUAAAAAGGAAUGCCAAGGUCAAUACUUCUCCUAUGAGGAAGGUGCUGACUCACCCGUAGUCAAAGAUCGAGAGUGGCGACGACAGGAUUUCCAUUACGAUAAUAUCGUGUUUGCUAUGUUGACGUUAUUUACUGUCACCACAGGGGAAGGCUGGCCCGAUGUGCUCAAGAACUCCAUGGACUCGACGGUAGAAGAUAGGGGACCAAAACCUGGCUACCGUAUGGAGAUGGCCAUCUUCUAUGUGUUUUUCUUUGUUGUCUUUCCAUUCUUCUUCGUGAAUAUAUUUGUGGCCUUAAUCAUCAUAACAUUCCAAGAACAGGGAGAAAGUGACCUCGGUGACCAGGACCUGGACAAAAAUCAGAAACAAUGCAUAGACUACGCAAUAAAUGCGCGCCCAACCAGUCGCUAUAUGCCACAGAAGGGGACGGCCAAAUACAGAGUCUGGCGCCUGGUCGUCUCCCAAAAAUUUGAAUAUUUUGUCAUGACACUAAUCACACUAAAUACUAUAGUGCUGAUGAUGAAGUUCACUAACCAAAGCCAAUUUGAUGGUACACAGGGCAACGAUGUUGAUUUAACAGCGGCUUCAACUCAAUACGAAAGGGUUCUAAUAUCAAUAAAUAUCGUAUUUACGGUUCUUUUCACCAUCGAGUGUGUCCUCAAGAUACUAGCGUUUGGAGUAAAGAACUACUUCCGUGAUCCUUGGAAUGUAUUCGACUUCGUGACAGUUAUAGGCAGUAUCAUUGAUGUGCUUGUCAGUGAAUUUGGGGCGAUAAUGGCGCAGUUUAACGCCCCACCUCCCGGCUCUGGCAAUGAGGAAUCAUACGUAGGAUUCAAUGUGGGGGUGUUCAGAUUGUUCCGAGCAGCCCGGUUGAUCAAGUUACUGAGACAGGGGUACACCAUUCGUCUGCUCUUGUGGACUUUCCUUCAGUCUUUCAAGGCCUUGCCUUAUGUGUGUCUUCUUAUCCUGAUGUUGUUCUUCAUUUAUGCCAUAAUAGGAAUGCAGGUGUUUGGGAACAUUAAGUUAGACUCCAAGACAUCUAUAACUAGGCAUAACAAUUUCCGUAAUUUUGCUCAAGGCCUCAUGCUGUUGUUCAGGUGUGCCACUGGAGAAAGUUGGCAGCAGAUAAUGUUGUCGUGUUUGAGUGGUCAAACAUGCGAUCCCGAGUCUGGCAACAAAAAGAAGACAUGCGGCUUGGACUUAGCAUACAUCUACUUCGUAUCAUUCAUUUUCUUUUGUUCUUUUCUUAUGUUGAAUUUGUUUGUGGCUGUUAUCAUGGACAAUUUCGACUACCUAACAAGAGACAGCUCCAUAUUGGGGCCGCAUCAUUUGGACGAGUAUUCCCGGGUAUGGGCGGACUAUGAUCCCUCGGCUACUGGUAGAAUACACUAUACGGACAUGUAUGAGAUGUUGAAGAACAUGGAACCGCCUGUUGGGUUCGGUAAAAAAUGUCCAAACAAGUUCGCGUAUCGGAAGCUGAUACGCAUGAAUAUGCCAGUUGCCCAGGAUGGAAAGGUCAACUUUACGACAACGCUUUUUGCCCUAAUAAGAGAAUCUCUUGGGAUAAAAAUGGCCCCAGUUGAAGAAAUGGACAAGAAGGACGAAGAAAUGCGUGACAUUGUACGAAGGUUAUGGCCGGUCCAAGCCCGUAAAAUGGUCAAUCGUCUCGUUCCAAGCAACAAUGAAUUAACCUAUGGAAAGCUAACAGUGGGGAAGAUAUAUGUAGGCCUUUUGAUAUUAGAUAACUGGAGGGCUUACAAAGCAAGUCAGACAAAGUUUAACAGUAUGAAAAUGGAGGAUAGUAAGGAAGAGCGUCACCCGUGCUUUUUCCAGAGACUGAUGGGGGUGCUGAGGACACCGUCGGCUCGCUCAAGCCAGAGUCUAGACCAGGACUCCGACCAUUCAGGCGAUGACGACAUGGACGGGGGUCACAGUAUUGACAAACAUCCUUGGCAGCGGUCUUUGAGUUUUUUACGGCGUGGUAGUAAACGCAAAAAAGACCAUCAGCAAGGUGAUGCUUGCAGUUUACGGUCGAUGGAACGCCAAGACUUUUCUCGAGGUUUGAAGCCUGAACACGCUGGAGGCCACGUGUCCAUGUCCAGAACGAACUCUGACCAGUCCAUAAGGGGCGGAAGUAAGUCGCCAUCCCUACCGGGUACUCCAGUGUCCCCUAGAUCUCCACUGAUGCCACACCGCAGUCCCUUUGGAUCUCCUGUUGGAAGUCCGUAUAUGGGUCGCCGAUCACCGUCUCCUAGAAGAGGCGAUUUGGGAUUCGCUUCAGCGGUAACGAACAUCUGUGAACAAGCUCAUAACAUAGCAGAACAGGAUCGCAGAUCAAAACAUUACAGAAAUAGAGACUAUGACGGUAUCCUUUUGGAUGAGACCCUUAGUUUACCGAACUCACCACAGCUGAGAGGAAGAAGUAAAACUCGUCCUCCUCUCACCAUGCAGUCAAAUGUAAUCGGCUCACCAGCACCAAGUCCACAACCACUACGGAAAAGGGAUACGACUUUCUAUAGGUCCACAUCGCUUGAGACCAGGUCUAGAAGUCCUUCCCCAACUACCACCCCAUCUCAGACUCCGCAACAGGAGUACUAUGGGACUGCCAAUCUGACGGAUCGGUCCCGUAGUCCUAGCCCUGCUGCCACAUCACCACCAAAGAAACCAGGCCGGAAACUUCCAUCAAUUCCACCUAAGCCUUCUUCUUUGAAUCUUGCUCAACCAAAGUUAAAAGACAAUAUGCCACGAGUAAUGCCAUCGCCCACUAUUCCUCAACCCCCAAAAUCACCCGGAAGUAUAAACUUCCCGAAACUUAAUAAGUCCCCCACACAUGUGCCGAAACAAAAUAUCCCUCUGGCUUCACGCCCAAUUCCUCCACCAGGACGUAUGGGAAGGCCGGAACCAUAUAGUCCCACGGAGAGAAAUAAUUUGAAUAAAAUCAGUAGUGGUCACUCCAGAACAUUACCAUCCCAUGGUGGUAGGACUAGUAGUCAUGACCCCCAUAUGGGACACGACCGGUCACAUGAUAGAUCACACGAAAGAUUACACGACCGAUCACAUGACCGGUCACAUGAUCAUCGUUACCGAACCAGUAGUCACUCACCGGAUAUUAGCCGGAAUAGUAGUAAUGAACAAACUAAAUUUUUAGCAAGCCAUUUUGACGAACAGGCCUCACAAAACAUAGGCCAUGGCCAGGGUGGCCGUCAGGGUGGACGAGGUGGACCAAGAAACGCGUCAACACUACCCAACGGAUUUAAACCCAAAGGACAUAAAAAGAAACCAGAGAAACUAGAAAUGAGAAGCGACAGUAAUAUUCCGCUGCACAAUGACUCUGACGACGAGUCAGAUUGGUGUUAGCAUUCUGUGAAGAUUUUUUUUCAUUACAAUAUGUCCACUGCCAUGCUCUGAAAUAAUCCAUCAAUCAUUAGCCGUUUUGUCAUUGUGAUAUUUUUGAAGUGUAAGGAAUGCUACUGUUGUCGUUAUUGCACAUUUAUGUUUUGAAAUAUGUUCUGAUAUAUAUAUAUAUAUUCUCAGGAAUCGUUUUGUUUUCUCUUAAUUGUCAAGGUAUAUUUUCCUUAUACAAGAAUUUAUUCACGCCUAUGUUUUAUCUAGCAUAAGGUUACCGUAUUCUUCAAAACCACAUGGAUGUUUUAGGCAGAUAUGAUUGGUAUUUUUCUUUUCUUUCCACGUGUGUAGAAUUAUUUAGAUGGAGAAAGUGUCAUUUCCACCUUCACAUUCGACAAUCGUGUCAAGCUUUUGAACCAUUUUAUCUCUACUCUUAACAAUCUCGAAAUAAAUUUGCAUUGACCUUGUUACUUUUUAACCAUUUGAAUUCUUAAUUAUCUGGUAAUCUAUUUUAAUUGACCCUAGUAGUUAGUAGGGAAUGUAGAUUUGUGAAAUGUUUAGUUUUAGAAACUGUAUUGUGUUGAGAGCUUAGCUUAUCGUGGUAUAUUUCAGAGGGUAACGGUGGCAUAUAUUUUUGUCUUUUCUUGCCUUACAACGUAGCUUGGUUUUCGUCCAGGACCUAGAUAUGUAUUAAAAGUAUUUGUGAUUAAGCGAAUCUUAGAUUUAAUGCAGUGUGGUACCGAAUCGUGACAUGCGUCUUAAGAGUUCUACAUAUACAUGAUGUACAUCUGUAUAAUAUCAAUGAACAUUAAUUUUAGAUAGUUCAUAAAGAAUUUGAGACAACUCUAAACACAAAUCGAAGGUCUUGUAUCAAAGGUAGUAUACUGUAAGCGGAACCAAAUUGUAACGCGUUAUCAAAAUCUAAAGUUUAGAAGCAUUCGUGAAUAUGUAAUAAAAAAACGUGCAAUACUAAUCAUUGCAUCGUGACUUAGCGCUGACGUAAGGUUAGCGCUAAAAUACAAACAUUUACGUUAUGUCGUUAUGCGUACAAAAUUGAACUAGUGAUCUCCAUUUGUUGCCGAUAAUAUUGUCUAUUAGGAAUUGAAAUGUAUCAUCAUGAAUCCAUAUUAUUGUUCAGAUGAUAUCAAGUUAUGUUUUUCACAAUAUGUGUGUAAAAGUUAUAUGACCAUGUUACAAAUAUACAUCUGUUUUCUUAUCCAUAGUGUGAACUCUCCUUCACUGAUCGAGGAGAGUCUAAAUGUAUAGUAUGUACGGACAGGGUAAUAACCGUCGGUUUUGCUCAUUAGUUGUUUGAAACUUAAGAUGAUAAAGACGUGAAUGUCCAUAGAGUAUAUAUAUAUAUAUAAAUAUAAAUAUAUAUAGCCCAUUCCUUUAAAAGUUUGCAUGACCUAGAUUGUCUAGAGUUUCCCUGGAGACACUUCUUGAUUACGUGUUCAUAUUAUCUAUAUAAAUAUCAUACUUUAUUUACAUUUGCAUACAGAAUAUGUUUUGUAUGAUUGUCAUUUCAUUCUUUACAGCUCAUAUCAUACGCUUUAUGAAUUUAUAAGUGUAUUUUAAGGAUUGAAAAUAGGGACGUUGUGUGUGGUAGAAUGUACUUUAAACGAUGACCGGUUAUUCAGUUAAUUCUGAUAUGCAUUUUACCUCUUGAAUUGUAUGAUAGAUGAAGAAUAAGUGUGAUCAUUUUACUGCUGGUCAGAAGGAAGUAUGGCCGGAAGUUACACCUGCACAUGCGUAUGAUUGGUCUAUUUAUAUUGGGAUAUAUGUAAUCCAGUUUUUACAUUCACAAACAGUGGGAGUUGAAGAGAAAAGUUCCAUUAUGGUAGUAAUGACAUUGUUCACAAUCCUGUUUUUUUUUUUUUUAAAUAUUUAGCGAGAACUGUUCGUUAUAAUCUCCAACUGUUUAAAGCUUGUCACGUGAUCAUCUCAUUUUGAGACAGCCAUUCGCACGCACUUAUGCUGUAUCAAGUUGAUGACCGUCUAUUACAACAUGAUGGGUUUCUUUACUGGUCCCGAGUAUUUAUGGAAAUAUAUGUAAUAACUAGUAGAUAAUACAUUCUAUUUCGUAAUUAGUAUAUUAAAUUAUUUUGUUCCUAACAAUUACAAUUUCAAAGUAUAUAACUGUUACUCAAUGUUGAUAUUAUUUGUUAUUGUUUGGAAUUUGACCCCGACUUAUGCCCUAAUUACCUUAGGUACUCACAAGGACGCUGUUGAAUAUGCAUUACGAUAUUUAAUCAUGAUAAUCUGUUAUCAGUUAACUGUUUAGAUAUGAAAUACUGUUGCUGGAUUCCCAUAUCCAUGUUACUGACGGGUCGCUCUAUCCAUACCGUUGAUAUGGGCCCCGUAUCCACACUGUUGAUUUGAUUAUCACUAUCGAUAUUGUUGAUAUGGGUUCCUAUAUCCACGCUGUUUUCCUAGUUCCAGUUACUACUGUUAAUUAGUUAUCUGAUCCACCUGUAGAUAUAUGUUUCUGUAUAAUAUAUUAUGCUGUUUUACUAGUUCCUAUAUAUUGGUUUAGGACUAGUUCAUGUCUCCGUACUGUUGAUAAUAAACCGUUAUACAGAAGUAAGGUCCUUACUUAGGAAACCUUUAUGGUUAUAAGUAACCGGUACCUAUGGCAUCUUAAAAAAAAAAUCCUUAGAUGUGCUAAAUGCUUCAUUUUAAAUAAUCUUUAGUGUGCAAUGUGACCAUACUUCUAUUUAUAAAACAUUUGUUUUUGUUGUCUGCAGUAAAAGUUGUAUAAGAUACACGUGAUAGUUAGGUAGCAUGAAACUAGGCACUUUUACUAUUUAUCCUUUGAGAGGCUUACCCGACUGGUGACUUUGCCUUCAGCCCUACCAUUGAUGAGAAAGACAACCUAACCAAAGCCUUGUCAGGCUUGUGUGCACUGCACUGUAAGGUGUGACCCUUAUUACCAGUAAGCAUUUAUGCUCUACCAUGUAUAUAAACCUUGUUAAAGUGCCUGGGGAUAUCGUUGAGAUCAACAAACUCCAUCAAUGGUCAUUUUAUUUAUGAUAGUUACCAUGGUUUGAUUGUGAAGCUAGCUUAUGAAUUAGGCAAUAGAGACUACAGUAUUGUAGUGGAAUGGAAAUUUAGCGGUUGUUUAUUGUCUUCAUCUAAUUCCUUCAUUUGCAUGUGUACAGGACCAGGGACCAAACGGGAAAACAUUGCCUAAUUCUUAUUGACAAAAUUACCUUUUUCAUAUUUUUCUACCAGUCGCAUUAUUCAAACCCUUUACAUGUUCGGUAGUUAUGUUUGUAAUUCCUAUAAAAUAUCAAUAUAUAUGUACAUUUCUCAUCUGUUUAGCUUGAUACUUUUUGUCUGUUUUCAUCUUUUUAUAUCAUGAGAACAAAAAACAAUUUAUUGUUCAUUUUUGUGCAUGGCCGAUGUGAUGCCGUUGAGGCAGUGAUUAUAAUUUGAUUACAAUUCCUGUCAAUAUUUAAAGCUUUUCUCCAAUUUUUUUACAGAAAAUACGGAAUAAACUAUAUAUAGUUAGAAUGCAAGUAGUUUAAACGUAAGAAUUUAGUAUACUUACCAAAAAAAAUGAUAUUCAGUUUGAUAAGAGGACCAAAUGGGAUCCUUUCUACUCGGGAUAAGACUUCAUAAAUCUGUCAAAAAAGAAAUGAAAAUUUCCGAUAUUGAUUUUUAGACUUAUACCAAAUAACUUCUUAUUUAUCUAGCAGAUUUCUUUUCUUGUGCUUACUUUUUUCUUUCAAAAUUUCUAUGCAAACAUCCGUUUUCAUUAGAUAUUGUUUGCCAUUAGUAACCUUAUUGUUUGGAGGAUGACUGGAGUGGCGUUUUCAAAGUUUGAAUUGUACAUUAAGAAUGAGAUUGAAAGAAAAUAAAAUAUGUAUCUAGAUGUGUCAGGAAUAUUGAUACCAUAGCACAGAUAGGUGUGAUGGAUGUUUUGUAUAUUAAAUUUCUGUGCUACAGUAUAUACAUGGUGAACAAUUGAGUUGUUUGGAGUGUUUUGAAUGUCCACAAUAACUGUAAUGUAUUGAUGCUGUUCUCACUAGUGUAACGGACCUUUUUGCAAUAUCUUAUAAAAUUUAUAAUUUCAUAUUACAGUUUUGAUAUUUUAGACAUCUACAUUUCUCACAUUGGACGAUGAAUCCAUAUUUUGUGAUUUCUUCAUUAGUAUUUUCUUUAUCGGACAGAAAUGCUUUGAAGGACUGUGUUGAAUGUCCAUUUUUGCUGGAAUGUCCAUUUUUACUACAAAAAGAGUAUCAAAACGAGGUUUCAGAUUUCAUUUUUUAUAUUUUUUUUCUGAAAUAAAUUUGCUUACACCAUUUUACCCGAGAUACAUUCUUUAUUAAAGUUUUAUUACGUUGAAACCCCUUGCAUUUGUCGUUUUUCACUAAGGAAAUCAAGGUAAUUCAGGAGUUUUCAAACAUCCUUUUUCCAUUUUUCAUGGCAUCCUUCAUUUCAUUUAAGAACUUGUAUGAAAACCGAUAAUUUCAAUUUUUGAAGAUAAAACUUUGUUUUACAUUGUAUAUAUACAUUUUUCUGUAAUGGCGCUUUACACUUUAAUUUUUCUGUCAUUUUCAGGAAUGAAUAUAUCGGCUGUAAUUUGUAAUGCCAAAGAUUAAACGCAAUGCUCAAUAGUAAGUGUCCUGGUAUAUAUAUAUAAAUCGAAGAUAACAAUGAUUAUCCGAAGUGUAUCAUUGUACUUAAAUCCAUGAGAUUUAUUGUAACUGAUUUAAUUUCUAUUUGGGAAAUAAAAGUGGGAUGAAUAUUUAAAAACAUUAAUUUGAUAUGCAACCAUUUAUAAGCCGUCGGGGAAAAUACAAAUACGGAAAAAAGUUACGUUGUUAUGUGAAAGAGCAACUGUAUACAAGCUGUCAUAAAUAAAAUUUCAGAACAAAGACACUUUAAUUUUGUAGAAAUAAAUCAGUACCCAUAUGAAAUAAUCACAAUUUGUGCAUCUUUUUUAUGCUGAAAAUAAGAGGAUAUCGCUUAUUUUUUAACAAUUAUCGGACAGAUAGAAUUGUAUUUAGCAUAUGGUGCUCCCAACAUUCAGAAAUAUGCAGUGUUGUCGAACCGUCUAGGCCGUAGCUGUAAAGCGUUAUCGGAAACCCCUUAGCACCAGUAAAACCUUUACUAUAAUGGUUACCACAAGUCAUCGUAAUGUGUCAUUACCGUAACGUUACCACCAAACCGCUCCAUCAUUUAUCUUCGUUAUUUUGUUUUCCUUCCAGCUAAUGCCAUUCUGUUUGACGAGUGUCGCUAGCACAUAAAGUUGUACUGCUGGGUUGUGUUAUGUCAUAAUGUAUAGCUGUACAUUUUUUUUGCUUCAUUCUUCCAAAAAGCUGUGAUUUGUUUGAGAGUACUUGUGAAACAAACGAUGCUACCGUAUAUAUAUAUAUAUCCUUGAAUAUUGAUAAUACUAACUGUUAACUGUUCAGAUCUUGUAGUCAAAUUGACGAAUUGAUAUGAAGUUUUUGUUUUCGGUAAUAAAUUAACCCUGCUAUUCAAAUUUCGUUAGUGAUAUUUGUUCUUUAUUUAUAUAUAUGUGUGUGUCAGAAUUCAAGGGUAACUUUCAAAUACAUGAAAGCGCCGAUACAGUAGUCUACCAAAUAUGGUCAAGAUCAAAUAAUAAUUUACCAUAUAUGGUAAUGUUAUGUAUAUUAAAUUGGCUAUAUAUGUCAGUAAAUACCAUGACCUUAUAUGUCAUUGAAGCUUGUUUUCACAUCACAUUAUGUUAAAUGUUACCAUAUAUGGUAAUAUAUAUACAUUGUGGUAUAUAUGCGCAUAUGGUGAUAACAUUUAUUUAAACAUUUCCUUAUAUGGUAAAAACGUUUAUUCCAGUACUGCUAAAUACUGUAGUAACUGGAUGUUAUCGUAGUUGUAGCAGUGUUCGCACCAUGGUAUUCAAUCAAAUGAUUAUUUCUAUUUAUUGAUAUUCAACAUGUUCAGUUGAUAUGUUACUUGUAAAUAACAUAACUUUUAAAAGAAUUCAUGUACAAAAUUUUUAAAUAACUUGUUUUUAUUUUUUAUUUGAUUGCUUCAAACAUUCAAUUAAAACUAAAAAAAAAAUAAAAAUAAAAAUAUCCAACAUUA